AUGCGACCCCACUCCGGCCACGCCCACCGACGGCCACGCGACCCCACUCCGGCCACGCCCACCGACGGCCACGUGACCCCACCCCCGCCACGCCCACCUAGGGUCACGCGAUCCUGCCCGCGGCUCGUCCGGCCCCGCCCACCUCCGGGUCACGCGAUCCUGCCCGCGACUCGCCUGGCCACGCCCACCUUCGGGCCACGUGACCCCGCCGCGGGCCCGCCUGCACGCCCUCUCUGGGCCCCGCCCCCCAGCGUGCUCGUGCCCGCUCGGGAGCCCGCGCGCAUGGCGGCGGCGUCGCGCGAGAGCGCGCCUUUGGGCCUGGUCUUCGAGCGCCUGUUCCUAGCGGGUCGACGCCUGCCCACCUUCCCCUGGACGCGCCUCGAGGAGAAAUUAAAGAAUUCAUCCAACUCCACACUGCUGCUGGAUAUUCUGCAGAAGACUGUCCUGCACCCCCUGUCCGUGAGGCAUCCCCCUUCAGCCAAGUACGCCCGCUGUUUCCUCGCUGAGCUCAUCAGGAGGCACGAGUCGGCCCACGCAGAGCCCCUGGAUGAGUUAUACGAAGCCCUGGCGAGGGUUUUAACGGCCGAAGACUCACCCCAGUGCCACCGGAGCUAUUUGCUGCCCUCCGGAGACUCGGUGACCCUCUGCGAGAGCACGGCCAUCGUUUCCCAAGGCACCACCGGCCUCGUCACGUGGGACGCGGCGCUGUACCUGGCGGAAUGGGCCCUGGGGAACCCGGCCGUCUUCCGCGACAGGACCAUCUUGGAGCUGGGCAGCGGAGCGGGGCUCACGGGCCUUGUCGUCUGCAAGGCGUGCGGUCCCGACGUCUACGUCUUCAGCGACUGUCACGGUCGGGUCCUCCAGCAGCUCCGGAGAAACCUGGGCCUCAACGGCUUCCCGGCAGGGCCGGUGGGCUCGGCCCCGUCGCCGGGCCCCGGCCCCCGGGGGCCCAGAGUGGCUGCCGUGGAGCUGGACUGGGCUCGGACGACUCCCGGACAGCUCACCGCCCUCCGGCCGGACGUCAUCCUCGCCGCAGACGUCCUGUACGACCCGGAGGUCAUCCCCUGCCUCGUUGGCGUGCUGCGGAAGCUGUCCGCUUGCAGGGCAGACCCGAGCCCCCCGGAAGGGUACGUCGCCUACACCGUGCGAGAUCCGCGGACGUGUCGGCUCUUCCAGGCGGAGCUCGAUAAAGCCGGGAUCGGAUGGGAGACGAUCCCCAGUCACCGGCAGACCCUGUUUCCGUACGAGCCGCAUUCUCGGAUGGGAAUUCUGAAAUUAUCCCUGUAAACCCUAGGUAUCGCAGAACCGAGGCAGGGAUUGAACGUUAUGGGAUGAAUUUUUGGACAGCUGCCGGAGAAAACGGUAAUAAGGAUGAUGGCAUUUAUUAAGCGCUCGCUAUGCGCCAAGUGCUGUUCUAAGCGCUGUGACAAGGUG